GCGCCGCCGGGCCGGGCCCGCCCGCGCAGCCCCGGAGCUCCGCCCCGCGCAGGCGCCGCUGGCCGCGGCCAUGGCGGAGAAGGUGCAGAAGAGCGUGAAGAUCGCGCCGGGCGCCGUGGUGUGCGUGGAGAGCGAGAUCCGCGGGGACGUGACCAUCGGGCCCAGGACCGUGAUCCAUCCCAAGGCCCGCAUCAUCGCCGAGGCGGGGCCGAUCGUCAUCGGAGAAGGGAACCUCAUCGAGGAGCAGGCGCUCAUCAUCAACGGGUAUCCAGAAAACAUAACCCCAGAGAGCGAAGAUGUGGAGCCCAAGCCCAUGGUCAUCGGCACCAACAAUGUUUUUGAGGUCGGCUGCUAUUCCCAAGCGAUGAAGGUGGGAGACAACAACGUCAUUGAAUCCAAAGCGUUUGUUGGCAGGAAUGUGAUCCUGACCAGCGGCUGCAUCAUCGGGGCCUGCUGCAACGUCAACACCUACGAGGUGAUCCCAGAAAACACCGUCAUCUACGGGGCCGACUGCCUGCGGCGCGUGCAGACCGAGCGGCCACAGCCCCAGACGCUGCAGCUGGAUUUCCUGAUGAAGAUCCUGCCCAACUACCACCACCUAAAGAAGACCAUGAAGGCCUCGUCCACCCCUGUCAAGAGCUGAGCACUCACCUCAUGCUUCCAGUGCCUGGCCGGGUGUCUGGUCCUGGGAAGCCCGACACACUCCGGGAAGCGUCCGGUCUCCACAUCCCUCAUUCCAUCAAACGAUUUCUUGCUUGUUUGUGUAAUUUAUUUAUCUUCCACCGGGAAUCUCGGACCUGCUUUGAGUCUGUUGUCUCUCACGCAUUAACUCUGUUUUUCGUGCUUUCUUUUGGGAAUAAAGUGUCCCGUUCUGCUGUC